AUGAAGUCUUUCACCAUCCUCUCUGCCCUGGCCGGCCUCGGCGCCGUCUCGGCGCAGGCCACCAACUGCCCUGCCCCCGGCUCGACCAGCGCUGCCGGCGACUACAGCUGCAACCCGGCUCACGCGUACCCCGAGGGUCAGCAGUGCGUCCUUGUCAACGGAUGCUACUUCCUUCGCAGCAAGGCCGCCUCGUCCACGGCCCCCAAGCCCACCGGCACCAGCUGCCCUGCGCCUGGCUCAACCAGCGUUGUUGGCGACUACAGCUGCAACCCCGCCCACACGUAUUCCGAGGGUCUGGAGUGCAUCCUCGUUGACGGCUGCUACUUCCUCCGUCCACAGUGCAGCUCUUCCGCGGCCCCCAAGCCCACCGGCACCAGCUGCCCUGCGCCCGGCUCGACCAGCGCUGCCGGCGAUUACAGCUGCAACCCCGCCCACAAGUACCCCGAGGGCCAGCAGUGCGUUCUUGUCAACGGCUGCUAUUUCCUCCGCAGCACUGGUACCCCGACCGGCCACCCCAACACCACCAUCCCCGCCACCAUCCCCGCCACCGGCACCAAGCCUGCCGUCCUGCCCACCGACCACGUCACCGCCGGUGCCGGCGCUCUUUCGGCUUCGCGCCUCUCUGCCGUCGCCGGCCUGGUGGCUGCCGGCUUCUACAUGCUGCUCUAA